UUUUUUAAGAAAAGCAUAAAAAUGGUUACAAGGUUAUCUUAUUUAUCUUCAACAAUUCUCAAAUAUUCGACAACAAAUUAUUCUUCUCUGUUUCGGACAUUUUGCUCAACAAAAACUUCUGAAAAUGCGCGUAAAAUGGAGGUUUUUAGUCUUGAGCCAAUGAGUACAACACAAAAGGCUUAUUUGCGUGAAUUGUUUGAGCUUGCUUAUAAACAAGAAGAAACACAAUUGUUGGAGGUCAACUUUUUUACAAAAAAAUAUCUCGGCCCAAACGAAUUGGAAAUUUAUAUUGACAAAAAGAAAAUGAAAGAAGUCCCAAAACUUUAUUCAAUUCUUGGUGGGGUGGCGUCAGAUUCUCGUUAUGUUUCUCCGCCUGGAAAACCUAAAGGAGCUGAAGCUAGACUUUUUAGCAAUCAAAAUUCGCCUGUGUAUGAAGGUGUUGCUAGAAAAUUGGGAUAUAAACCAUUGAAAGGAUUUCAACAUCCUUAG